AUGUUAGUUAAAACUCCUGAUCCAUUUGUUUCUAUUAGAGAAUAUCAAUCAAGUUUAAAAGCUUCAAAUUUAAAUUUACAACAAAUGGAAUUUAAAAAUCAUGCAACUACCAUUAAUUCAUACUCUUUUGAAAUUUUAUAUCAUCAAUUAUAUGUUGAACUGAAAGCAUUACCAAAUUUAUCAUUAAUUCAACAACAACCAGAAAUAAAAAUGAGUAUGAGACCAAUGUUAUUAGAUUUUUUAAUGGAAGUCAUUACAAUUUUAAAUUUAUCUAGAUCUACAUUUCCUUUAACUGUUAAUUUAAUAGAUAGAUAUUGUUCAACUAGAAUUGUUAAAAAACAACAUUAUCAAUUGCUAGGUUUAACUUCAUUAUGGAUUGCUGCUAAAAAUUUAGAUCAAAAAUGUAAAAUACCGACAUUACAAGAUUUAAAAAAAAUUUGUUUAGAUUCAUAUUAUAAAGAUUUAUUUAUUGAAAUGGAAAAACAUAUUUUAAAAAGUCUUGAAUGGAAUGUUAAUAGUCCAACUGUUGAUUUUUUUAUCGAUAUAUAUAUGAACUAUUUAAGUUCUUUUGAAUUAAUAACUAAAAAUUAUCAACGUAUUAAAUUAUUUUCAAAUUAUAUUGUUGAAUUAUUUCAAUUUUAUCCAAAUGUUUAUUUUGAUUAUACAAGUUCACAAAUUGCAUUAAUUUCAAUUUUAUCAACAAUAUUAAUUCUUAAAAUACCCAUCAAUAUAUUAAAUUUAUUAAGUUAUAUGAACGAAUUAAUUAAAUCUAAACAAUUUCAAUCUAAUAUAAUUGAAGAGUUUCAAAUUGAUGAAAUUUUAAAUAUUUCAACAUUUCAAAAUUUACUUAAUAAAUCAUUUUUUAAAAAUUUGUUAAAAAUGAUUGAAUCACCACCAAAGAGUUUAGAAAUUAAAUAUUUUUCAAAUAGUUCCAAAUUUAAUAAACUAAUGAAGCAAUUAGUUAUAUUAGCUACUGAAUCAUUAUUAAUCUUACAAGAACCAAUUAAGGAACAAGUUAUAACAAGAACAACAUCAACAACUACUACAACUCCAAAAUAUAAAAUGGUUGGUAUUCCAUUAACUCCAAUUUCAAAUAGUACCUCACCAAAAAGAGAAAUUAAUUCAAAUAUGAUUGCUAAAGGAGAUGUUGGUGUUGGUGUUGGUGUUGGUGCUGGAUUAGUCACUCCAGAAUCAAGAACAUCUCCAGGUAAUCCUGUUGGUGUUGGUAGAAAAAGAAGCUUUGAAUGUAUCGAGGAAAUUGAAAUUUGUCAAUCAUUAAUUAAUCAACAAAAUAAUGUUGGUAUUAAUGGUGACUUUGAAUUAAAAAGAUCUAAAUCAACUACAAAUACAAGUUCAACAAAUAAUAUGUUUUAUAUCCCAUAUUAG